AUAACAAACUAUUUAUCACUAGUAUUUAUUAUACUGCCUUUCAACUGUUGUACUGAUGCAAGAGUACCUCAACAAACAGAAGGCGUCCGUUUAUCUUUGUCAACAAUAAGUAGUCGUUACAAAGUCAAGUCCUUUGAAGACCGGAGGCGCGUGCUCGUCUUUCAAGGGAGCGCGCCCGUGAGUGACGUCACGGCGACACGCUGCUGGUGUCAGCCGUGAGCCGAGUUGACAUUCAGGGCACGGAACACAACACAACUGACACACAUCAAAGCACCAACAACAACACGCGACAUCUCGCAGGAGGGGACGCGAUGGCUUCCGCGAGUGUGGUGGGCCAGCACCCGGACUCGGAGCCGCUGCUGCGGGUCUUUAAACCGGCCGGCGCCAGGAAGAAAAUCACGCUCCCGAGGAAGUCUUCGUGGGAGAAAAUGAUGUUUAGGAAAUGCGCCGGUGAUUGCAGUUCUGUGGCCACUCAAGAGCAAGCCAGGACGUGUCGUUUGCCCGCAGGACCGGAGGGAGACACGGUUAUGAAAAGCGGGAUGCCUACCGGGGGCUGCCGAGGAGUUUCGCCACGUAGCCCGGACCGGGAGAGCGUUCGCUCCGACUGGCGCUCUCCCGCCAGAAGAGACUACCACCCCGGAUUUGUCAUCACGGACUGCACCGCUGACCGGAACCACAUCGUGGCUGCUGGUGGUAAUGGUCAAACCGUGUCUUCCCCCCGGAGUCCCACCUUGAAUGUAUCCACAAACACGUCGUCUGCAGCGGAGCAGGAAUUUCCCCAACAGACCUCCAACUCGGUACCAACCAAACAGGACAGUAGCGGUCCUCCACUGGAGCGGCUCACACAGGGCAGGAGCGGUGUGGUGAGGCUGGUCCGCACGGAGCCUCCCCGCCGAGAGGCUUGGGCCAUCUUCCCGCAGGGUUCGGAACACAAACUGAGAUCCGAGAAGGGAGAGGGACACAAGUUCUAUGCCAAGGCCGUUACACAGGACUGGUGUGACGCAUGCAGUCGCCAGAUCACUGCACAGGCCCUCCAGUGUCAAAACUGCACAUACACCUGUCACCUGGACUGUGAGAGACAGGUUCAGCUCGACUGCAACCAGACUGCCAAGGAAGUUGAACAAACUCCGUUUUCCCGAGGCCACCGCUCCACCGGAGAAGAGAAAAGGAGUGAUGCAAAGGAGGAAGAAGAGGGCAGCGUAAAAGACAUCCCGGAGGAAGAUGUGCAGACCAGGAUAGAAGAAUAUAAUUCCAGAGUGUCAGAGAAUGGCAUGAAACUGGCUUCAGACGGGUCCUACACAGGCUUUAUUAAGGUCCACCUGAGGCUCAGUCGGCCGGUCACAGUGCCCGCCGUGGACGCAACAAGCCCGGUGGGGGUUCUGAGAGGCCCCGACGGAGCCCCAUUAGAGGGCCAAGACUGCGUCCAGGGUGAAGACAGAACCUCCUUCUACCUUCCAUGUGACUGUGUGAAGCAGCUGCACAUCAGCUCCAUGACCACAACAAGAGAGGUCAUCCAAGGCUUGCUGAAGAAGUUCAUGGUGUUGGACAAUCCUCGGAAGUUUGCCUUGUACAGGCAGACGCAUCGUGAUGGACAAGAUCUUUUCCAGAAGCUUCCUCUGUGUGAACGUCCUCUACUUUUGAGACUGAUAGCAGGACCUGACCCGGAGCAGCUCAGCUUUGUCCUCAAGGAAAAUGAGACUGGAGAAGUGGAGUGGCACGCGUUCUCUGUCCCGGAGCUCCAGAACUUCCUGGUCAUUCUGGACAAAGAGGAGUCUGAGCGUGUGCGAGCGGUGGAGUGUAAAUACACUGUGUACAGACGGAAACUACAACAAGCUCUACAACAACAACAACAACAACUUGACCCCUGACCCCGUUCCUGUUACCAGGUAGAGACUAAAACCUUAAAUCCACACCUUCAGCCACUCACCCAGGAGAGUUGUGAGCUGGUCAAGAGAGGUUGGAAAAGGAAGCCCUCCGUUCUCGGCAAGUACACAACAAAACGCACACCCUUUCUCAGGAUACAUAUAAAACACCCCACACACCCACCCUCGAACCGCCAUCUUUGAGGAGCAUCAUGGGACUUUAGGAAAAUCUCAGCCGGAACCGCAAAGUGUUGAAUUGCAUUGGAAACGACCUUCUCUUCCUCGUCUGCUACUGCUGCUACUGCAAAGUGUUACUUAGCAUGAGUCUCAGCUCAUAUAACCCCCCCCCCACCUCGCCCCCUCCAUGUUGGAAUGAUAAACAGAACGCAUGAUUAUCUUUGCAGCAUCUUUUUUUGGAUUGGAAUGACAAUCAAGUAUACCAAGAAUGGAUGUAUAGGAUCAAGGUGGGACCUUUUCUCCCAUCGCGUGAAUAUGAAUAUAAGACGUCUGGGCUUGGACAACUGCGAACAUGUGCAAGGAAAAAAAAACAUAAAGCUUUAAAAACUUCAUCAAACUUCAUUUCCACUUCAGAAGGUCACAUGUCUUUAAUCAGACCUUUCACGUGUCUGUGAAUGAAGCCAUUUUCCCGACUUUUUGCGCUUGGGAUGAGGAUGUUUGCACCAAACACAGAGGGACACACGUCGCAUGAGGAUCUAGCUUGCGCAAGCUAAUAAGAUACUAAACAAAAAUAUUGCUAACUUUUCAUUGGCAACUAUCAGAGAGGUAAUACUACCACCGUAUUGACCCAAAUAUUUGAAGACUUAUUUUCUUUUGUGGGGGGAAAAUGAAUGUCUUAUAUUCGGGUCAAUGGGGUAUUUGUAACACUGAACUGCGUCUUACCUCUUCGAACACAUGACGUAUAUUGGAUGACUUUAGAAAAAAUAUCAUAAUUGCCCCUUUUUUCCACUGUACUGUACCUGCUGAAAUAGUACCACAAGGAUAACUGUGAAAACCACGCCGCAUUGAAGGCAUCAGUCACACACUUGCUAACAAGUAUGGAGAACAAUGGAGAACGGGGGGUUGACGGCAACAAGAAAAGAACGUGGAGCCCACCGAGUAUCAUAUUGUAUAGUGUAGUGUUACCGUAAAUUCCAGUGUAUAAGCGACACCCAAUAAAUCUAAUGGGAAAAAUUAAUUUGUACACAUAUAAGCCCCAUAUGUUCGUGUCAUAAUAUGGAAUAUUGUGGCACACACGAGUCUGUCAACUCAUUGGAAAUUACACACAUCACAAAGCAACUUAACACUAAAAAUGUAUACCUAGUAAUAUACAAACAUGUACCAGUAUGAGUUUUUAAAAAUCCCAUAAUGCAUUUCAUUGUGCAGGACAAGCAGUAUAGAAAUUUGAUAUAUGUUGCUGCAAUGCCUCAUCUGUCCACCAGAGGUAACCAGAAGAGCCCAGAGGGAGGCUGACGUCAUUGGAUCACCCCAGUGAAUGUGUUGCUCAGAUGCAAUGAAUUUUGGGAAAAGUUUUUUUUUAAAAAUCAUUUUAUACCCGUAUAGCUACAUGUUUGUAUAUUUAUCAGGUACAUGUUAUGAAUGUUAAGUUGCUGUGUGAUGAGUUUUUUUUCCAAGUCAGACUGCUAUAUAUUGUUAAGACUGUUAAAUAUAACGACUUCCUGCGAUUUCCAAUGGGUCGACAAGCUUGUGAGUGCUGUUAGCUCCUGGUUGGCUAGUGCCGAAGAAAAAGGUACAGUUUCUUCACUGGCUCAUGAGAGUAUAAGCUAGCCAUAAAUUAGCCAUACCGCUGUAUAAUAAGCAGGGUUCAAAGUGUAAGUAGCAGUUAAUACACUGCAAAUGAUGCAAUGCAUUAUGGGAAAAGUUUAAACUUUUUUUUUUUCAUUUUAUACCCGUAUAGCUACAUGUUUGUAUAUUUAUCAGGUACAUGUUAUGAAUGGUAAGUUGCUGUGUGAUGAUUUUUUUCCAAGUCAGACUGCUAUAUUGUUAAGACUGUUAAAUAUAACGACUUCCUGCAAUUUCCAAUGGGUUGACUAACUUGUGAGUGGUUCGCGAGAUUAUAAGCUAGCUAUAAAUUAGCCGUACCGCUGUAUAAUUAGCAGGGUUCAAAGUCUUAAGCGAAAAGUAGCAGUUAAUACACUGGAAAUGAUGGUAUUUCUAACUGUAUCCUAAUUAUUUUAAUUAUUCUAAGUGUAUCCUUGUAGUACCUACCUUUACUGUGCAGUGGAAAAGGGGCAAAAAAGUAUUUUUAAUAUUAUGGCUAGCCUGUGUAUAAAUCGCACCUACAUGCAGGUUACUUGAAAAACAAAACACCCAAGAUCCUAAAUUGUAUGAUGUACCAAUGAUGUGUUUGCCAUGCGUAUGUAUUACAAUAUUUAGACACUGGAAAAUGGUUUGUUGUUAUGACGAACAGCUUUAUUCUUCUUCUAUGUUGUCUUUUAUUUGCGUGACACUCCACUUUCAUUGUGAGGACAUUUAAAAUGAGGAUACUGCUUCUCGGUUGAGAUGUUUUCUAACACCAUCACCACCACCACCACCACCCAAAGCUGGAGCUGAUCCUGCAGGCAGUGCCUUUUUGUUUCACGUGUCCCCAGAGAGUACAUGUAGAGUACAUGUAUAUAGUACAUGUACUCUCUGGCUGGACAGUGUGUCCCAGUACACAGGUGCCUCUCAGUGUUUGUAUGCUUUUUUGCAUGUGUGCAAAUGUUUGUUUUUCUUAAGCACGCCGUGUCACGUGUUUUUUUUUUUGUUUUUUUUUCACCCCCCCGUAAAACGCUCAUUUGUCAUUCCAACAAACCAUUUGUGUGUGUUUGGUUGUGUGUUAUUUAUGCUAGUAGAUGUUGAAGAGUUUGAGCCCUUGUGCUUUUUUUUUUCAACUUGGAAGAAAUGUGUGAUAACUAUAUCAAUAGAGAUGUACAGAGUUAUUAUAAAAUAAAAUCUCUAUGGAAGUG